CACCUCUAUUGUGCGUUGGGUUAUUUAUUUUUUUCCUGUGAUUUGUUUAUUGAGCGCCGUACAAGUUUGAAGUGAAAAGCGAUCGGCAAAAACAAGAAACCCCACCACAAAGUGGCGCAGCAACCACAAAUAAAUAAAAACAUAAAUAAAAGUGCGCCCGCCCGAAAGUAGAGGAAAAACAACCUGAAUAGGAAGCAUCGCAGAACGCUAUUAAAAGGUCGGCAGAUGGGCGGCCAACGGAUUUACGUGCCCUCCGCUGGCCAUUCUCUUCGUGCUUGUUGUUGUUGUUGCAGCUCCCGUUGCACAUGCAGUUGUUGUUGUUGCAGUAGCUGCAGCGGACCAAGGGCCACAGUGCAGUGAGAGCGAGCGGAACGGCAAGCGAGCGCCACUAAAGGUGCGAGCGAGAGCCCCUUGAAAUGGUCUCGAAGAAGCGCUCCAAUGCCGCCGACCGUGUCCAGCGUUCGACGGCGACUGCGGCAGCGGCGGCGGCAGCAGCUGCCGCAGCAGCGACGGCGUCUACGACGCAGGGCAAGAAGCGGCCCGGGAAACAGACGAAGGCCUCCAGCGGCGGCGACGAGGCGGACGACAAGAAGUCUGCCAGCAAGACAGACACGGCGGCCAAGAAGCCGGCCAAGGAUCCCACAGGAUCAUCGGGAUCGCUCACAGCCGCCACUGAGGGUGGUGCUGGAAAUGGUGGCGGAAAACCAACGACCUCCACCUCAACAUCGACCACGUGCUCGACAUCCGCCGCAUCCGCUUCCGCUUCCAAUAGCUUGAAACUGUCGCCGGAGGAGAGACACGAGGAUGGCAAGGCGCGGGCCAUAAACAAGAUGCUAAAGAGCCUGGAUAUCAAGAUCCACGGCUUCGACAACCUGCUGCCCAGCGGCGAGGAGCGGCUCAACGAUGGCGUGCUAAAGUCCUCCAUUUCGGAGAACGUCAAGACCAAGUCGCGCGCAGCGGCGGUCAAGGUGAUAUCCAGCCUGAAUCCCGGCAAGAUGCCGCCAGUGAAGCGAGUGCGUCCCUCACCGGAGCCAGUUAGGGAAAAAGUUGCCGAGAAGCCAGCCGAAAAGCUUCUCGAUAAGGACAAACCCAAGGCGGAGCAGCAAAUCACGCCGCCUCUCGCUCCAGAGGAGUCACCCGCCUCCAAGGUGCCCAAGAAGACGGUGCAGCAGGCCAAGAAGACCAAGGUGGAGCCAUCAUCACCACAGGCGACGACUGCAACGACAACUCACACAACGGCAAAGAAUCCUGGCAAGAAAUCAGCCCAUUCAGAGCAGCUGCCGAAAAAAGAGCUAUCCAAGUCGACCAAAAUGGGCAAACCGAAAAAGGAAGCCACCUUGCUGAAGAGCACUUCCCGUUUGCCGGACUCCAAUACGGAAUCUGUGCAAAUGGAGCUGGAGGAGAUUGUCAGUACGCCCACGGUGACGCCGACGCCUUCGGCCACGCCCACCGCGACACCGACGCCCACAGCAACGCCCACGCUUACGCCAACGCCAACGCCCACGGCCACACGCACAAGAACUCCCACGCCCACGCCCGCACCCACUUCGACUUCCUCAUCCACUGCCAUGGUGGCGAGCCAACCCGCUCCACCGCCACCACCACCAGGGGGAGCACCGAAACAGCGACCGAAGGUGAAGUACACCAAGACAUCGGCGGGAUCGAAGGGUCGCGUGCAACAGUCGCUGAACCAGAAGGCACCCUCUGCCUCAUGGAGCGGGGCCAAGGACAUAUACGACUUCAAGUCGGGAUCGGAGGACGAGGAGCCGAUCAAGAUGGUGCUGCCGUCGCUCAAGGAGCUGCGCGAGUUCUCAGAUGAGGAUAACAAGCCACUAAAGCUGUUCGAGCGACCGGUCGAGAAGACAAAGAUUCAGGUGGAUGAGGAGGGGCAGCUACUGGUCAAGAAGGAGGAGAAGGUAAAGUCCAAGGAGAAGGAGAAGGAAAAAGAAAAAGACGUAGAUCCUUUGAGCAACGCACAGCAGUCCGAACCAGCAGCCAAGCAAACCACCAGCACCACCGCCACCUCCACAUCGUCGGGUAAAAAACAAGCCAAGCGAAAGAUAGCUACUCCAAAUCCCUCCACUGCUGGGCGCAAGAAGAAGCCGGUGGGCAAGGGAAAGGCCGCCGCAGCGAAGGAGCCUCCUCCCAGCGGCAGCUCCGCAGAGAGCAGCUCCUCCGAGGACGAGCGAAAGCUGAGUGCCUACAGUGGGCCCAAGCGCCAUCGGAUGGCCUCGCUAAAUGCGCUGGCCAAGGUGCAGUGCCUAUACGAGAACGAAUCCCGGACUGCCCAUGAGCUGGGCCUGUCCAAGGCGACGCAGCAGCCACCACGCAUUCGCACGCUGGACGGAAGUGAUGACGACAACCACAAGGACUCACCGCGUCAAGGGGAUGCGGACAGGGACAAGGGAUCCGUGAGUCCAACGCACACAUCGGCGGCUCCACCAGCAGCGCCGAGUGCUCCGCCCAAGGAGGCGGAGCCACGAAGGGAACUGCGUUACGUGCCCGGAGGCAGGGGAGUGGGCAAGCACUGGGAAUUCGACAGCGACAGCGAGACCGAGGAACUGCAACUCCAACAGUCCUUGCCGCCGGUCAAGAAGAAGAAGCUGCCCAAGAAGGCGCCGCCCAAGAAGGCCACGUCCAGCGAGACGGAAGCCAAGCGAAAGAAGAAGUCGGUCCAGAUCGAGGAGAGCGACGAAGAGGAAGCCAAGGAGAAGGAGAAGGAAAAGGAGAAGCCCAAGCCACCCAAGCAGCUGCCCAAGAAGCGCAAGACGGCCUUCACCGAGGAGCUGAUCGGGGACUACAAGGGCAUCCUGGCCAGAAAGCGCAUGGCCAGCCUGAAUGCCAGCGCCAUUGUGGCGGCCACCUACGAGGUGGAGCGUCACCUGGACAAGAAUUUGGCCAGUGAUUGCAGCAGUUUCGAGAGCUACGACGAGCUGGAUACCAUGCCCACCACCACCAGCAAGGCGACGUCAGCUGCCGCGAUUAAAACCGAGGUGAUCCACAUCAAAAAGGAGCCCAAAGAGUCCAAGGAAUCGCUGCGCGAGCGGGAACGCGAAAGAGAAAGCGAGCGCAGGCGGGAGCGGGAUAACGAGCUGAACUCGAACAUUGGCAAAAUUGUCGAGGAGAGCAACGACUCCAAGUACUCGAAGGAGACCAAGGAAACGAACACGGACACCACCAUUACCACCACUGGCUACCGCGACUCGGCGGCCAGCACCAAGGAUGCCAAGGACUGCAGCCGGCCCACCUCCUCGUCAGUCGUCAUUGUCCAGGACACGGACGUCACCAUUACCGGCGUCUAUGUGAACGCCAGCAACGGAGCCGCCCAGGAGGCCUACUGCAAAAUGCAGUACCGCGUCCAGUCGAGCGUCACCGAGGAGCGCGUCCUGCGACCCGGCUCCGUGGAGCCCCCCAAGUCCUACACGCCGCUCAGCGCCCUCUCCAGCAUGCUGCCACCGGGAGCCAGUUCCGGACUCAGCGAAGCCCACAGUUCGCCGCCGCUGCCUGUCCAUGCAGCGCCGACGGGACCACAUGUCCUGCUGCCCGGCGAACACCUCAGCGCCGGCAUGUACCAUGCUCCCGAUCUCGGCCUGCACACGGAGCACGCCCUGCCGGAUCACCACGGUCCGCCACCGCCCUCGUACGCAGCUGCUGCAGCAGCGGCCGCGGCCGCCGCCGCCUACCACGCCCACCAGCUGGCGCCGGGUGGCGGCGGAGUGUUGCACAUGCACCACCAGCAUCAGUAUGCCGCUCACGCGGCCCACGCACAUCACUACCAGCAGGCGGCCGAGUAUCACGGCGGACCGCCCCCGCCACCGCAUCACUACGGCGGUCCGCCGCCCCAGGGCCACUAUGGACCGCCGCCGGGCGCACCUGUUCCGGUGCCAGUGGCCGUGCCCAACACGGUGACCGUGCCGCCCGAGCGCUGCGACGUGGGCUCUCCGCCGCCGUCCUACCGCGCCAGCGCCUAUCCGCCGCCCUCCAGCGUGGGCAUGCCGCCGCCCACUUUGGGAGGUGGCUCGAGCGCCUUCUGCGCCCCCAGUCCGCUCCACCAUCACCAACACCAGCACCAGCAACCGGGCCCUGGAGUUGGGCCACCGCAUCACGAUCCCAGUGGUUACUAUCAGCCGGCUGGACCGCUGAUCUCACCGCAUGUGAUCGCCGCACCGCCGCCGCCUGCACAAGUGAAGAAGCUGCAGGAGGAGGACAGUCCCGUUUCAGCCGCCGGUUCACCCACGCAGCUGCAGCAACAGGCUGCCGCAGAAGCCGCCGCCGCCGCCGAACAGGCGGCAGCCCAAUCCCAGUCACAGUCGCAGAGCCAAACGCACGGACACGCCCAUAGCCACGCCCACAAUCCGCAACAGGCGCAGCAUCCGCCGCAGCCACAGCCGUAUCCGGCCGGCGCCGUGGCGGCCGCAGCCGCGGCAGCCGCCGCCCACCAGGGUGUGCCCUACUCCCGCUCGAUGCACGCGGCCCAGAUGCACUACUCGACCGGCUAUCCGCCCAACUACUACGCGCCAUAUCCGGGCGAGGUCAUGUGCUACUCGCCGCCCACCUACCCGCCCUACUUCUCGAGCAAAGUCUAUCAGCCGUCGCAUCCCGCCCAUCCCGCCGCCCAUCCGCAGGGUCCACCGCCGCCGGGCGCCUAUCGCCGUUACCCGUACUACCAGCACGCAGGUCCGCCGCCGCCGCACGAGCUCUACGAACAGCAGCCGCCCCCGCCGCCCGUCUCAUCCGGAACGGUGUCCGGGCCGGCGCAACAGCAGCCGCCCACCAGCAGUUCAGCAGCCGUAGGCGCAGGCGGAGCAGCAGCAGCGGGAGCACCAUCCGGCAGCCAGUUGGUUCCGGCACACCAGCAACAGCACCAGCAGCAGCACUUGGAGCACUACCCGGGACCGCCUAGCUACUACGCCGGAUACAGUCCCGGUGGAGGAGCGUCCGCCGGUCAGUGCUACACGCGCGGACUGCAAGGGCCGUAUAUGGAGUAUCCACCGCAGUGUCCCUGCCCAAUGCCUCAAUCGUGUCCAAAAAACGUCCAUACUGGGCCUCAUAUUGGUAGCAACAUCAUCAGCAACAUCGACCAGAGCAGCAGCAAGAACAGCAGCAGCUGCAGCAGCAGCAUGUUGCUGAGUGCCACGAGCAACAGCAACAUCAGCGGCAGCAGCAGCACCUUGGCUGCCUGCAGCAGCGCUACGACAACAACCACAGCGUCAGCGUUGACUACCAGUAGAGGCCCAGUGAAAAAUGUGACCCCCAACAAUAGCAACAGUGGCGACCACACCAGCAACAGUUGCAGCACCGAGACAGGCAACAGCAGCAGUAACAACAGCAGCAACAGCAGCUGCCAGACGAUUGAGACGACCUCACGGGCAACAGCAGCAACCAACACGACGAACACGACGGCGACCACGGCCACAACAGGCACCCAGUGCCAGAUGCUGGUGAAGACGGAGCUGAAGGGCGAGAAUCCUCAGGUAACCAAGAUGCAGUACGAGGCGCACGUGAUGCCGCCGCCCACUCCGCCGGAGAGCUACUGUGCCAGUGAUGAGAAGCUGCUCGAUGACCAGGAGCAGGAGGCCGAGCUGGAGCUCCGCCUGCGCCUGGGCUUGGGGCUGGAGAAGAAUCACGGUGGACAGCAGCACAUCGAGGCGUACGAUCUCACCUGUAGCACCCCGCCCCCAGUUACCGUGCCCCAGGCAGCAGCAGUGCCGCGCAAGGCGAGGAUUGGCAAGAGCAUGGCCAGGGAAAUGGUCUAUGCUGCCCAGCAGCAGCAGUUGCUUCCGGAGAAGCAGCUGAAGCAGCCAAAGGACGCGGCUGCGAAACAGGAAGCGGAACCAGAGAUGCCUUUCGUACUUAAAGCGGAAAUCAAAGCAGAGACCAAAAUCAAAAUCGAACACGACGGCGAGGCGCAGGCCAGCACACAUAUCAGCCAACUGCCGGACCUGAAGCCCACCAUCAAAACGGAGCCAGAGCAGGAACUGGAGCCAGAAGCGGCUGCAGUACCUUCUGUGGCCAAAACGGAACCGGAACCAGAAAUGGAGCGGGACCAACAGGAGCGAAUGGAACAACAGGAACAGCCAGCUGGCGAGGAUCAGCAGCCCACGCCAGGCGGCAGCAAGCAACGCAUCAACCUGCUGGCCUCCUCCAGCGGCAACAAGAAGACAAAAACGAACCACAGCUAUAAGAGCCUGAUCAAACAGGCGGAGCCCAAGAACUACCUGUGCCCCGGUCGCAGGUUCGUCCGUCGACACGGACGUGCUCCGCCCAAAUAUGUCAAACGGCGUCAAAUGAUCCUGACGCAGCGGCAGCAGCAGCGAAUGCGUCUGCAGCGCCGCGAGCAGCAGCAGCAACGUCGUCAGCAACGCGAGGCAGCUGCUGCAGCAGCAGCAACAGCAGGAGGAGCAGUAGUGGCCUCCCCAUCUCUGGCGGGCACCCCAAUGGAGCCAGGAUCAGAUGUUUCCAUCGUAAAGGAGCAGACACCCAACAGCUCGGCCACGCCCAGUGCCUCGCCGAAAAGAGCACGGCCCCGGAAACAGGAGAUUGCUGCUCUGCAUCUGCUCGAAGGCUUGGACACAGCACUGAGUCGUGGAUACUUCAGUGACCCAGAGCUGAAUCACAGCAGUUGCAAGCAGGCGCCGACAGCUGUGGGUGGACUGUAUGCUGCCUCCUCGCCGCUAACACAGGCGACCGACCACAGGGGCAAACAGCCCACGGCGGAGAAGCGUUCCAAGUCGGAGACCAAGAAGCCAACGUCUGGAGAAAUUUCCGAGUCAGCCCUGCCGUGCAAGAAGCCACGCAAACAGCCUGCUGGCAAGGCGAAAGGCAAGAGCAAGAAGACAACGGGAGCAGCAGCGACAACAGUUGCGUCCGCAGCCGAAACGCAAACGGAAGCGGUAAAUGUCUCCACGGUAUCCACCCAGGAGACGAACAACAACGAGUAUCAGACGGCAGAUCUGCAAGCACAAAAGUUCCGCGAGUCUCCGGCUGUCACUGAUGCAACGGCUACGGCAACGGGAACAGCGACAUCCACAUCAGCCGCCCAGCAGCAGCAGCAACAUUCCGACGAGCAACACCAGUUCCUGGUGCCCAGUCAGCCAGCGACAGCUACCGCCGUCGCGGCCCCAGCAGCCACUCCUCCGCCCAGCCGUCAAGGUCAUGCGACGCACACAAAGCGGGCCAGAUCGCGCUGCAAGUUCGGGAAUCGGAAGCGCCAAAGACAGCGACCUGGCGGCGUGAGCUACGAGCUGGAUGUGACCCAGCCGCCGGCCACCAAAGCCAAUGUGGUGCCCAAGUGGAACAAUGGUUGGAUGUGGGCCGGCAAGGCGUUCCAGGGUGCCGUCUUUCUCAAUAGCGAUGAUCCGUUAGUGCUGCGCACCUGCUACCCGGCCAUGCGGCACGUGGAGGGCGACAUCAUCCGCAUCAGGGACUGUGUGCUGCUCAAGGCCAACGAGGACAACGAGCUGCCCUAUGUGGCCAAAGUGGCGCACCUCUGGCAGAAUCCUGAGGACGGCGAGAUGAUGAUGUCGCUGCUUUGGUACUACCGACCGGAGCAUACUGAUCAGGGACGGCAGCGCAACGAUUGUCCGGACGAGGUCUACGCCUCCCGCCACCGCGACCACAACUCGGUGGCCUGCGUCGAGGACAAGUGCUAUGUGCUCACCUUCAGCGAGUACUGCAGGUAUCGUCGCCGCCUGCGUGCCGCCGAAGAGGAUGUGGAAGACGUAAGCAUUGUGCCUCGCCGGCCAAGCAGUGCCACCGCUCCUGGGUUUCCGGUGCGAACGGUGCCGGAACACACCAAUCCGGAGCUGGUGAUGUUCUGCCGCCGAGCCUACGAGUUCCGGACGCGACGUCUGCUCAAGCUGCCCCAGAAGAGCGGUCUCGUGUGCACCUCCAGCUAGCGCAAGGCAUGAGCCAUUGCGAUCGAGGUCCCAUCAACCCAGGCGAUAGAUGAACUGCGGAGUGUAGGAACAUUAGCUUAAAUUCGGAUUGCAGUGGCAAUUGGAGGAGCGUAAGGGAACGAUGUGGGAAGUGGAGAUGGAGAAAGCCCUGGCAGAGGACAAGGAAAUCAUAGAAAGAAAGUUACAUUGUUUUGAUCAGUCUACAGUAUUGUUAAAGAUAUUUUUUGUCUUUGUUGUUAAGAGAUAUCUGCAAGGAAGAGACCGGGCUGUGCAUCUGCAUUCGUUGUUCCUAAACAAAUUUCGAUUGCUCUUGUUGCGCCCGUCGCUCGAUGUUUCCUGACCCAAGCACACACAGAAACGGACAAGUACACACACACUACCUCUGUCGGGGCAGGAAAGGAUCACACACAACUACACCCAAGACACACGGCUAAACACGGACACACACACAAAAAAUACACACACCAGACCAAAAUGUAGGCGAAGGCUUUUCACUUAGACGUGAGAAUUUUGAGAAAGAAGAGAAGAGGGAGAAGAGGGAAAAUGUUGGAAGACAACUGCUAGGCGAAAGCAUUAAAUACUUUACAUUGUA